AUGGUUUUCGCGGUCGCGCCGGGGUCUCCCAACGGCCAACUUCGCUUCAACUUGGCGCAUCUCCGAAGCUUCGCAGCUGCGGGGGUGCACAUCGAUGUGACUGCCCUCUUCCUGAGCCUGGGUCUUUGGGGCGUGAGCCACCUCCUUGUAGGACGGAAAGACGCUUUCUCCGAUUGGUUCGCGACCUGGUCGAGCUCUCCCGAGUGGUUCGGACGAUGGACUUGGUGGCAAGUCCUUGCAGUGGCCAUCGAUGUCAUCCAAGGUUGGUCGGCCGGCCUGGUGACCAAAGAGCACUCCACCACCUUCAAGUCGAUUUUACAGACGCUCUGCUACAUCUUCACCAUGCUGGUGGAGGACCCUUGCCUCGGCAACAGGUGGGGUUUUGAGCGCAGAGAGCUUCCAUCGAUCAUGCUGGCUGCCAUCCUCGUCUUGUCGGCGAUUGUUUUCCAACUGGGUCGCCACAACGUGAAGGUUUUAGAGCGCGCGGCGACCUUGAACACCAUGGAACCCCUAGAGCCGCAGCCGCGGGCCGCUCCGCCGAAGAAGAAGUUGGUGGAGACCUUGUCUACUUGGAAAGCUGCCUGUCGGAAGUAUGUUCUCAUCCUGGUCUACAUCUUGUCGGAUGCCAUCCGAAAUCUCACCUUGGCAAAGGCCUUAAGCUCCACGGUCAUCAACCCCAGCUCGAUGACCUUGGUCGUGUACAUCAUCGGAGUGGUGGUCGCCUCCAUGCUGACCUUGUAUGUAGAGGGCUUGAAGGGCCUUGGGAGUGCCUGGCAUCCCAUGAAGAUCUUGAAGUGCACACCUCCAGGCUUCCUCUAUGCCUUGACUGCGACCUUGAUGAACAUGGCUUACUCUCAAGGAAUGAAUGCAGCGUUGGCCUUAAUUAUCGGGAAGCUUUACACGCCGGUGGCGGCCAUUGGAGCGCGCUGGGUCCUCAACAAGUACUACAUGUGGCUGGAGUAUGUGGCCAUCGCCAUUCUGACCCUUGCCAGUAUGAUUUUUGGCUAUCUCCAGGCGUUCAGUCCGGGGUCGGGCCCUGCGUGGGACGGUGGCAUGGAUUCCAUGAGAGUGGCCAUGUUGCUGGUGGUAGGCUCAGCGGUGGCGUCGGCGUUCAACUCUUUGUUGACCGAGCGGAUCCUCAAAGGAGACAAGGCUCGGUAUCACGUGCAGAAGGUGCGGCUGGAUACCUCGUGCAUCGUCUCGGCGUUGGCGUUCAUUCCCAUCAUCGCCCUCAUCUCCAACCGCGCCCAGGACAAUCCCUGGGCUGUGCGGCCAAUAGAUGGGGCUGCCUGCCCCAAAGAGUCGGUGUGCUGGGCAACAGACGGUUGCAGCAACCCCGCCUGCGAGUGUGAGUGUGGUAGCGGCAUUUUUGCCGGCUGGAUCCCGAGUGUGCUGGGAGUCAUUAUCCUGGCCCUGGUCAUCAACACAGGUUACGGCUGGCUUGUCGGCAAACUUGUACAGGCAUUUUCCACCAUCGACCGCGCCAUUGCGGAUGCCUUUAGCCUGCUCUUGGUGUACUUCAUAGGUGACCCUCUGCUGAACGGCACCAGUCUAGGCAACAUGUGUCUGAACCUGGUGGCCUUCAUCGUGCCCCUGAGCACCAGCAUCUUCGCCGUGGCCUCCACAGAGAUGCAGCGCGUCAUCCAGGCCGCCGACCUCAUCGAAGGCAAGACCGGGGAGACCGAAGCGACGGACUCCGAAGAGACGCCCAGCGACACCGGGGACUCGUCCAGUUCCCCGCCGGAUGAGACGUCGGACGAGGAGGCAGCCUUGUCGCCCCAUGCAUGGGCUGUGAAGCAGCAUGGCACCAGCGCACAACGCGCCUAA